AUGUCGUAUUUGGCUUUAGAUAAAUGGGCUCGAGUUAUUAGAAUGACGAUUCAGAACGGUGGACUGUUUAAAUCUCUAUAUAAAAUUUGGAGAAUGGACACGUUAAAGGAAGGUAAAUAUAUCGGCUGUGAUGAGUUCGGUAACAAAUACUACGAAAAUAAGAAUUACAUGCUUGGCAGAAGUCGCUGGGUCGAAUAUAAUCCGCAAUUCAAAUGGGACUACGACGCUUCGCAGGUAACGCCAGAAUGGUUCGGCUGGUUACACUACAAGACAGAUCGUCUCCCAAGUGAGGACUGCGCGAAGCUGUGCCUGAAGUGCUGCUGUUGGACUCAUAGGUGGAGGUUACCUCAUACCGAAAACAUGAGUGCCACCGAACGCGCUUACUACCCAUUCAGGACGACCCGAACUCAUAUUUCUGUUUGGGAUGGUCGUUCGAUAUGCAAUCGUCCUUGCUUCCCACUGUAA